CUCCAUCCCCACGUUCUGUACUCGGUUGAAUUAGCGCCGCGGUAUGCUAACCUCUCCUCGUCUUUUUUCACUUCCUCACUCUCCAGACUACACGUACCUCUCCCUCCCAGUAUAUCAGCAUCACCACCGCAACCUCUCUAGCUGCAUUUUUACACACACUCACACACUAGAAGAGAAAAUAAAGGAAAGAAAUUCUAGACUAAUGGAAUUGGAUGACGAUCACAACCCAGCCUCUCCACAUUCACUCAAAUCCAAGCUCAAAGACUCGCUCUGCUUCUACUGCUGCUUCCGCCGCCACCACCACGGCCAUCGCCAGGUUCUAGACUCUCCAACGGGACCGCCAACACCUCCUCUGCCGUCAGAUGACAAGCCCACUUUGCUCUGGCUGAAAGCAAGGAAGGCCCAUGAUUUGAAAGACGAUAUAAAGGACAAGUGCAUGAUGGUUUUCGGCCGCGUUGGAAAUGGAAUCAACAGGCAACAUAAAAGACACCCGUCUGCUGAAUUCAGAUACGACCCGCUGAGUUAUUCGCUGAAUUUCGAAGAUGGGUUCGACGAGGACGAUGAAUAUCCGUUGAGGAAUUUCUCCGCCAGGCUUCCUCCUUCCCAGCCAGUUGAAGCCUUGCCUGCUGUAAGAGAAAUCGCAGCUAUUAGCUGCAGAUGAAAUACUAGCAGUACAGAGUAAAAAAUUUAUGUUUCUUUUUCUGCUCAUGGAAACAUCAGAGUGUUUAAUAUAUUGAAUUUGAUAGAUCUUUCUGUUUCCUACUAAA